AUGGCUCUCCGCAGAGCACUUCAGUUCCGAGCAGAGGACCUACCCACCCCGGACAGACCUCCAAGGAGACCUUUGGACAAUGACAGGGUCGCCAUCCCAGAAGUCGAAGUACACACACCGGAAUACUCUUUGGACACCUACGAACGCAAUAUUCCCCCUUCUGCCACUCGCACAAAGGACUUGUUCAGGCUUUGGUCUCGCAGACUGCAGCCUCUGGACGUUGUUUACCUGAAGGAGAUGCUCGUGGAGUCCAGACCUCUCGAUGGACGGUACGGUUCCAUUUGUAGUGGAAUGGACAUUGGCGCGACGGUCAUGAAGCAGUUUUGGGACUGGGCUCGCUUCCAUUGGGAAAUCGACAGUGCAAGGUUCAAGCACACAUUUGCAUGCGAGCAGAACCCCAUGAAGCGCGAGUUCCUCCUUCGGACACAUCCGGACAUUCAACACAUGUUCAAAGACGCCACAGACUUGCAGCACGACUCGGUGUACGACACAAAGUACCACAGAGAGAUCAUGAUGCCACUGUGCACAGUCCUGACAGCAGGCUUCCCCUGUCAGGACUGCUCGGUGCUGAAUCCAUCCGCUUCCUCGUCGAGCAAUAGAUCCUGCGUGGCCACAGGAAGUCUUCGUACCGGCUCUGUGCUGCAGGCCAUUGUUCAGUACCUCAAAAACCAGGGACGUGCAGGACCAACGUUUUGUUUCUUUGAAAAUGUCCUUGGACUCAAGCACAGCUCGACGGAUGCCGACGGACACAAAACGUCCAACCUGGACCACCUCGGACACCUGGUGGACAAGGAAACCGAUCGACUUCUACAUGUCUGGCAUUUGGACCCACGCAUGUUCGGAAUUCCGCAAAGUCGCCCGAGGCUCUGGAUGACAGCCAUCCCUCGCAGGAUGUUCACAGGACUCAUUCCAGAACCCGAAGUUCACAAACUCCUCAACAGCAUCAUGAACACCCUGCUGGGCUUGAAGGAAAACCCUUUGUGCGACUACUUGGUGAAGCCAAGGUCCAGCUGCCUCAAGGACUUUCACUCCGAGUUCGUUCGAAAGCUGCAGGUCAUCCGAACUCGCCGUGCUCGUCGUCGUGCACAAGAACAAGCCAGAGACUCGGAGGACAUGCAGAACACGAACAACGACCCUGAAGGACAACAGAGGCGUCAAUCCUUGGGAGGCUCUUCGUACCGCUCCAGUCGUGCAGGCAGUGGACACUUCAGCCGAUGUUCCUCGGCCACACGGCUGCUUGCACACGAGAAGGUCGUCACGAAGGACUGGCUGAAGACUUUCCGCCGGGCAGCUCGGACAAGGCCGUACUUGAAGUGCAUGACCGCCCGGAAACGGAGGACUUUGUUCAAGCUCGGAGUGCACCAGUUCCCCAGCGGACACUUGAAGGUCGUGGACAUCUCUCAGGACAAGUUUGCCCACGCUACGGACCACUCGCCGUGCAUCACUCCGAAGGGCGAACGGUACUUGACGUCGGAGUGCAGGUACAUGGUGCCACUGGAGUCCCUGCGCCUGCAGGGCAAGUGGUUCUCCCCGGACGAUCCAGCGCUGGCCGAAGUGCCACAGACCCUCGUUGCAGAUCUCGCCGGAAACGCCUUCGAGGCAAGCUGCUUCGCCGCGACGUUCUGGGCCACCAUGGUCUUCCACGGACGUCUGCGGAUGUUGCAGAGGCCUCCGGGUAUCCCGCCGGAGCCACACAGUUCAGCCACCGGACAAGACAGGCAGUACCAUACACCAGAGUUCGACUCCCAGGUCCUCCUCGAGUACAGCGACAUGGAGGACGAGCAACAUUGA